GAGUUGCGCUGUCCGUGGUCCUGAAAAAAAUACACGCUUCGCAUUCAUCUCUCAACAGUGCAAGACAGACCGAAGUGUGUUUCGAAUAAUUGUUUUGGGAAGAUAACUUACUUUAACUUAAGUUAUAAAUGAAUUUAAGGAUUGCGGUUGUUUCCAAGCCUCAUCCAAGAAGCAGAAGGUUUUGACUUCCAGCUAUUUUGUUCGUGAAAUCAGGUGCUCCCCUCUCCCCCAUCCUGUCCUUUCUGCAUGGUCAUGUUCUGCUGUUGCUACCCCUCCAGCACCUCAGCUCUCCUGUUAGUCCUCCUCAGCCUCACCCCCCUGCUGGCCCUGGCUGCCCCUGCACUUCCGCAGAGAUCUUCAGUCAGCAGCAGCAUCGAUGAGGCACUCCACUUGGCAAAAGAGGACCCGGGGGCAGCAGAAGGAGCUGCUUGGACACAUAGGAAAGUGGACAGCCUGCUCCAGAAACCCUUGGGUCAGGAACAUAUCUCAAAUAUGGACUCUGCCAGUGCUCUAGCUUCAGUUCUGCUUGAGGCUCUCGAUCACCCAGUUAGAGAGAAGAUGACCCAGGGGGAUUCUGAAGAAGGACUCACAAUGGAGGCAACAAGGAAUCAGGGAGACCUUGAGCAGGACACAGAGAAAUCAUUAGAGGCAGUACAGCCAGGUGAGGAAAACGGGAGGCAAGAAAAGCCAAAGGAUGAAAGUGAGAUUGAGGAGGAGGACGAGGUGAAUGCGGCUAAAGACUGGCAACUGCAGAGUCAGUCUAAUGUGGCCACACUCCAGCGCAAAGCCAGGGGCUAUUUCCAAAACAUUGACCUCGGGUUGCAAGACAAUGAGAUCCUCCCACCUCUAAAAGGCUACAAAGCCUAUAACCAGCAGUUGGCCCAGGCAACCAAAAAGCUUAAGUGGCAGGAGGAGCAAACGAGAAACCCAUCCCAGCUCGACAGAAACUUCAUGGAUGGUUUCGAUUUUGUGGAAGAAGAGGAGGAGGAGAUUCUGACCCGCAAGGAAGAGGAGGCACAGGCUCGAGCAGAGCAGGAGGAGGUGAGUCGGCAGGAGGCGGAGGCGCAGGAGGCACGUGAGGAAGAGCAGAGAUUGGCGGACAUUGCCUCUGAUAUGCUGCUGGAGUACAUGGGCAGGAAGCAGAAAGCGUCGUCCUACAUGAGAGACAUGAAGGCUGCGGCUCUUCUAAACAAUGUAGCCGAGGACAAGCGCUCGAACGAGGUGGAGGACAGCGACGAUGACGAUGAAAUGGAUCCCCAGACCAUCGACAAGCUGAUCGAGAUCUCCAGCAAGCUGCACUUGCCUGCUGACGAUGUGGUUGAAAUAAUCAGUGAUGUUCAGGAGAAGAAGAAAAAGAGGAAGGAUUUACCCCCGAGUAACACCCCUCGUUUCCGCCCUCUAGUUCCUCUCAAAGCCAAGCCAAGGCCUCAGGCGAAUCAAUAUCCCAAGUCACAUAAGAAAUCCUCUUAUAAAGUUGAUCCAUAUAAGAAAUGGUACAAGGAGAAAAACAAAGGCAAGCUCAGCAAGCAGGACUACUGGUUUAAGCCGCAGAAGCAGUUUCUGGCCUAUCCCUCGUUCCCCUAUUAUCAGAAGCCAUAUCGAGCCUAUUACCCGGUCUUCUUCCCACCCCCAAAGCCGCGGUUCUAUACAAAUCCUGCUCUGUCAUUUGACUACAACUUUGGGGGCUCUAUGGGAUACGGUCUGAAGCCUCCAAACCGUAGGUAUAGAGACAGGCCAAAAGCGAGGGACUGGAAAUGGGCGCAAGCCCCUCAACGCUCGCAGAGCCAAUACCCACAACCGGGCACUGUCAUAUCUAAUUACAUUCUACCCCAUCCCCGAACUUACCAGGCUCUCCCCAUGCCCAAACCACGUUCUCCUCCAAGUGGGAGAGCACCUUCUUACAUCUACCCACCAGACUAUGUGUACGAUGAGCCGGAGUCUCCGCAGGAAAGCGAUGAAGAGCUGGAGAACUUCAUUGAGAAGAUUUAUUACAACCGUAGGUUAUUUUAGUCAGUUGCGAGUUCAGGAUAUUCUGAAGCG